AGGAAAUACCAUGGACUAAACGUGUAGAGCCGCCUUAGCCCGGCACACAUGUGAGUUUGAGAUCGCGACUUUUAAACAAAAAUGCAAACUUUACGCGAAUUUACGCGUAAAACCAAGCGCGGGAACAUCCUGAAGAUUGUGCGAGAGCACUACCUGCGGGACGACAUUGGCUGCGGCUCCGAUCUGUGUCAGCAAUGCUUUCAGAACGAGGUGUAUCAACUUACUUCCCAGCAUGAGAUCCAGAGCAGUCUCUUCAAGUUUCCCCACUACAUUGUCUUGGACACCAAUGUGGUCCUCGACCAGAUCGAUGUACUGGAGGAGGAUGUGCUCCACAACGUGAUUGUCCUCACCACAGUCCUCAACGAGGUGAAGCACAAGAGCUCCUCCAUUUAUAAGCGCUUCAAUGAGCUCGUCCACGAUCGCACCAGGAACUUCUAUGUGUUUGUCAACGAGCACCACAAGGAAACCUAUGCUGACCGAGAGCCGGAUGAGACCGCCAACGAUCGUAAUGACCGUGCCAUUCGCCUGGCCACCAAGUGGUAUGACGACCACCUGCGGGCUUCGCAGUCCUCCAAAGGAUUCGAGCGUAGUGGUCGGGCUGCUACCCGGGUAAUCCUGCUUACCGAUGAUGCCGGAAACCGUGCCAAGGCCGAAGCCGAGGGCAUUCUAGUGGCCUCUGCUUCGGAGUAUGUGAAAUCCCUGGACGACUUCCCACUGCUGGUGGAUAAACUUUCGCGCAACACUUUCGAGAAUGAGAAGAAGGGUCUGCCCCAGUAUCCGCCGCAUUUAAGCAUGAAGGAGCUUCUGGAGGGACUGCGGAACAAGAAGCUGUUGCAGGGCGCUUUCCAGGCCUCCAGGGAGAACUACCUCGAGGGUAGUGUCAACGUGGAAGGGUACGAGAAAGGGAUUUUAAUCCAAGGAAGGGAGGCGCUUAACCGAGCCGUGGACGGCGAUCUGGUGGCUGUGGAGCUGCUGCCCGAGAAUGAAUGGUCGGCGCCCAGCGAGAUUGUUCUGGAGGAGAAGAACGUAUAUGCUGAUGAUGUGCCCAGCGAGGAGCGUGCCGCUGACGAAAAGGACAUGCUAAAGCAGGUGCAGGCUGCAGCCGCUUCUGCAGAACGCACACCCACCGGCCGCAUCGUGGGCAUUGUGCGACGCAAAUGGCGCCAAUACUGUGGCAUUCUGCAGCCCAGCCUCAUUGAGGACACCAACAGACACAUCUUUGUGCCCGCCGAUCGGAAGAUACCCCGCAUCCGCAUUGAGACCCGUCAGGCGGCCAUGCUGCAGAACCAGCGCAUCAUUGUAACCAUUGACACGUGGCCAAGGAACUCCCGCUAUCCGCACGGACACUUUGUACGCUCCCUGGGCCCAUUGGGCAACAUGGCCACCGAGAACGAGGUAAUCCUAUUGGAGCACGAUGUGCCACACUGCAAGUUCUCGGAGGAGGUGUUGAGCUUCCUGCCCAAAUUGCCAUGGAUCAUUACCGAGGAGGAUUACGCCAAGCGUGUGGAUCUGCGCGAUCUGUACAUUUGUUCAGUGGACCCGCCAGGCUGCACAGACAUUGACGAUGCCCUGCAUUGUCGGGAGCUUCCCAAUGGCAAUCUGGAGGUGGGUGUCCACAUCGCCGAUGUGAGUCACUUUAUUCGACCCGGCAACGCCCUGGAUAAGGAGGCAGCUGCCAGAGGAACCACUGUGUAUCUGGUAGGCAAGCGCAUUGACAUGGUCCCUGAGCUUCUCAGCUCGAAUCUGUGCUCGUUGGUUGGAGGUGUGGGGCGUUUCGCCUUUUCCUGUGUGUGGGAGGUGGACCAGGAGGCGAAUGUGUUGGCCAAGCGCUUCCACAAGAGUGUUAUAAAGUCCAAGAAAGCCAUGACAUAUGAGGAGGCGCAGGUGAUAAUCGAUGACCCCACUCAGAAUGAUGAAAUAGCCAAGUCCCUGAGGAAUCUCAAUCGUCUGGCCAAGAUCCUCAAGAAGCGACGCAUGGACAAUGGAGCCUUGGUGUUGGCCUCGCCUGAGAUUCGCUUCCAGGUGGACAGCGAGACCCACGAACCCCUCGAGGUGGAGGCCAAGCAGAUGCGUGAAACCAAUUCAAUGGUGGAGGAGUUCAUGUUGCUGGCCAACAUCACGGUGGCCGACCACAUUGCCUCGGAAUUCUCCGAGUGUGCCGUUCUGCGUCGCCAUCCCCGACCGCCGCCUACCAACUUUGAUCCGCUCGUGAAGUCCGCCCGCUAUCAGGGCUACCACGUGGACAUCGAGUCCGGCUUGGCGCUGUCGCAUUCGCUGGAUAAGUGUGUCAAAAAGGACAAUCCGUACUUUAACACCAUGAUACGCAUCCUCACCACUCGCUGCAUGAUGCAGGCGGUGUACUUUAUUAGCGGCAGUUUGCAAAAGGAAGAGUUCUUCCAUUACGGACUGGCGGCGCCCAUCUACACGCAUUUUACCUCGCCCAUUCGUCGUUACUCUGAUAUUAUGGUUCACCGUCUGCUGGCUGCCUCCAUAGGCGCGGACAGCACCUAUGCCCAGCUGCUGGAGCGCAAGUCCAACGAGGAGAUAUGCCACAAUCUGAACUACCGCCACAAGAUGGCUCAGUAUGCGGGUCGGGCCUCGGUGGCCCUCAACACGCAUCUCUUCUUCCGUGGCAAGGAGGAAGAUGAAGAGGGCUAUGUGCUGUUUGUUCGUAAGAAUGCACUGCAAGUGCUCAUCCCCAAGUACGGUCUCGAGGGAACCCUGUAUCUGAAAUCCGACAAGGAUGGCAAGAGCGGUCUAGAGCGUACCAAGAGCGAAAUUGUCUUCACCUUUAACGAGGAGGACUACACCCAGCGCUGCGGCAAUGUGGUCUUCCACUCUUUCGACCCAGUCACUGUUCGUUUGAGUCUGGACUCCAGCAAUGUGCAGCACGAGAAGUUGGUCUUCCGGCUGGUCAAGCCGUACAUCAAGGGGUUCAGUGUGGAAACGACAGAGGAUAAACAGACAGCAGACGCAGCACCGCCCUCGAAGAAGACGAAGAAGGAUAAAAAGAAAAAGUAAUCCUUUCGAUUCCUUAGCAAUUAGAAUAUAAGAUGAAAUUGAGUAAAAUUUAUAACUAC